AUAGCAUAUCUAAAAGUAGUGAUUCAGGAAUCAAACCUGCUAUCGACUACAAGUAGAAAUGUUAAUAAUGGGGUAUCUAAAGGUGAUGAUUCUGAAAAAGAGUAUGAUUUCUUGUUCAUAAUUGAAAUGAUUGAAGAUUACAUAUCUGAAGUAGAUAAUUUUAAUAGUGAACCCAAAAAUAGUCUAUUAAAAGAGAUCUAUACUGAUUCCUUGUCUGUAAUUGAAAUGAUUGAAGAUGACAUGUCUGAA